GGCGGAGGCGGCGGCGGGCGGGGGCCAUGGCCAAGGCCUACGACCACCUCUUCAAGCUGCUGCUGAUCGGGGACAGUGGCGUGGGCAAGACCUGCCUCAUCAUCCGCUUCGCCGAGGACAACUUCACCAGCACCUACAUCUCCACCAUUGCAUCGCAGGCAGCCGUGCGGGGUGAUGCCAUCCGGCAGGAAUGCUGUAUCCGGCACAGGCUCGGGAAUUGACUUCAAAAUCCGGACGGUGGACAUCGAUGGGAAGAAGAUCAAGCUGCAGGUCUGGGACACGGCGGGACAAGAGCGCUUCAAAACCAUCACAACAGCCUAUUACCGCGGAGCUGUGGGCAUCAUCCUGGUGUACGACAUCACCGAUGAGAAAUCAUUCGAAAAUAUCCAAAACUGGAUGAAAAGCAUCAAGGAGAAUGCCUCCGCUGGGGUCGAGCGUCUCCUCAUCGGCAACAAGUGUGACAUGGAGAGCAAACGGAAAGUGCAGCGGGAUGAGGCUGAGAAGCUGGCGAAGGAGCACGGGAUCCGCUUCUUCGAGACCAGUGCCAAGUCCAGUGUGAAUGUGGAGGAGGCCUUCAGCACGCUGGCACGAGACAUCCUGCAGAAAAACUCCCGGAAAGCGGCCCCCAGCAGCAGCAGGCCCCUCCUGGAGCCCGGCCCCCCCCGGAAGGCCGGGGGUAAAUGCUCCCUGGCAUAGGACCACCGACCACCCCCCCCGCCGCCGCCGCUCCCCCCGCCUGCCCGGGGCAGCGCGGGCGCCUCUCCGGGGCGGGGGGCCGGGGGAGGCUGGGGGGCCGGGGGAGAGGGCUGACCCCCCUCUCCCGAUCUGCACCUCGUGCCAUAAAGCCCACUUUGUGCCUUG